CUGGCUUCAUACCUUGUUCCUCGAAGAGUACGAGCUCACGUGACACAUAAUGCAUCGUUUUUACCAUAAUUAGUCUCCCGGACCCGCACCGUGGUCCCUGGCAUGUUCCUACUCGUAGCCAUGGCUGCAUCCCUCGUGUAGUACCUGUUAGGCGCAAGCCAUGUCAGUUGAGUCGCAUUACGUCAAGCCAGUAGUCUCAUAGUCUACAGUGCUCCUUUUGUGAAAAAAUUCCCCAUCUCAACCCUAAGAGCGUUCUGGACUUUGGCCAGAACCAACACACGCUGCCGCCGAAAAACGCGCAUAAAAUCACACGGUAUUAAUGCCCACCCAACGACAGAUAUAUUGAGAGAGAAAUGCGGUCACAGUACCGCACAGCCGUCGCGAUUGCUAUUCCCAACCACAUACCGUCUAAGGUCGUGCUUGCCUUUAUCCAGACCUACGACCCAUUAUUACGUCAUAAUCCCGGAAUAGUCAGCUUCGAGGAAAUCCCUUUUGACAUCGACGAUAUAUCCAAUGACCCCUUCUUUGGGCCUAUGGACGACACUGUCCGCAACUUCCAGGUUCGAGAAGUUAUCUGGCUCGCACCAGGUUUAACAAAGGACAUGAAUUGGCCUAUGAUCUACCAGUGCACGCCUGAUGGUAUCCGGAAUCGUGGCAACGCAUUAGCAGGCAUUAUCGGCUGGACCCAAUGGGCCGUUCGCCCACGCCAGGGAAAUACGCCCCCUAUCGGCUCUGGGAGCAGAACACUCAAGACGGGGGAUGAGUGGGAACUAUGGGGAGAGGUAACUGUGGAAGCAAACAGCCUUCUGAUGCCCUUUAUUUCUAAUAAUGCCAAAAACUUCUUGGAGCAGAUUUGUCAAGGCGUUAUAGACGAGAUAGUUGCGACACCUAUCCGCAGGCCACAAUAGUAUAUAGGCCCAACUCCAUCAGAGCAUGGUUAUAGAUAUGAAUGCCAGGCAUGUGGCAGCAAGCUUCUGAAAUACCGUGUGGUUUGGGCGGGAAUGAGGUCUCACAGCUAAGACAGGCUGAGGGAUUUGGCCAGAAAUGACAAGCACUUAAGCAAAUACCUCUGCAUACAAUAAAAUAGAAAAGAACGACAAAGAAGGGAUAAGGGCUGCUCCGACAGCUAGUAUAAGGGCAAAGGGAUAAUAAUCAGCGUCUGGAAAAGUUCAAAUUGAAGAAGAGGAAAAGCGAGCUCCUCCUACUGUAGAAAUCUGAAAGAG